AAUUUCGCCCUGGUUUCGUGUAUCGUUUUUGUCUCAGAUUUCGCACGGAUACAGGAUGUUUAAUUAAAACAGAACUUGGAUUGUUUGUAACACCCGGUGUAGGACUAUAUGGUCAUCAUUACCUGGUCCGGAGAGCUAUGGAGACUUAUUUAUGGUCCGUCCUUUUUCUUCUUAUUUACCUUGUUAGAGAAUGCCAUGGAGAUUCCUAUACAGUGACGGGACUCGUGGUUUCCUCAGUAUGCGCAGUGGCACUGUUUAUCGUCGUCAUUAUCGUCGCUAUCUUAUUCACCGUAUGGGCUGAUUUCUUGAGAAAAUACUAUAAAAAGCGAGGAAUUGAUAAGUCUCCAAGAAUAACGUACAUAAAGCAGCGCCCCCACAGCAUUAAAGGCACCAUGUCUAAAGAACAGGAAAAACAGAUGCAGCUGCAAGCCCAACAGAAACUCCGACCCAAACUCCCCAACACCUGGAGGGCUGCAACAGAACAGCAACCACCGCAACAGCAAAACGGAAAUUUGGACGGACAUUUUGGAACUUACACGACGACAGGGGAUUUCCAUUUUGGUACUGAGGAUUUCGUGGAGGAUCAGUACGCUACGGUACAAAAAUCUGCGGUUGUCAUGGAGAUGAAAGAGGACUUGGGACCGCAUUCUGUCCGUAACUACGAAAGUGUCAUGGAUUUACCCGAGGAAACUCCCGAAAGGCCAACCAAUCGGACAAGCCAACACAGCCACUUAGAGCUUAUAAACCCUUCUGAGAUGGUCGAAAUCCCUCUGCACAAAGAAGAGAAAUCCACUCAUUUCUGAUAAGAUCCGUCAGUGUCCAGGCCGGCGGCUGGGGGUGACGAAUCCAUGUUCGCUGGGCCAGUGACUUGUGUCAAACAACAUCAUUACAUGCCUAGUAUUGCCAUAAUGUCAUCCAGGGACUAUGUUCGUGUAUAUCUAAUCUGUUUGUUCAUACACAUUUUAUUGUGAAUAUCGGCAACCCGAGUAAAACGAGGGGCUAUAUUUUAUACUCUUUGUUGACUAACGGAAAUUAUGGACAACAAUGGGUCGCUGUGGUGUUUUUUCGCCAUUUAUAUAUAUCUUUUCAUUCCUGAUCUAUCAGUGAUCUUUAAGUGCAGAAUGUUGUCAAUGUUUUGAUAUGCUUGUUGUAUACUGCCUCCCUGGUUUAAUAAUUCAGACAUUUAUAUGUCUUCUGAUGAAGUAAAAAUUCAUUUGAAAAACAAA